AUGGACUCAUUACCCAGAAUAGAAACUCCCCCCCCGAAAGAAGCGCAAUUGGAAGCAUUCGUAAAACAAGAAGUGGAAAAGGCAGUAAGAGCAAUACGGAUGCUUUACCAAUCGCAAUUAGACGAGGCACUCGAAGAAGUGAGCGUCUUAGAAAGAAAGCUAAAGAAGCAAUCAUCGCCACCUCCAGAAAGAACGGAGAGAAGUAGAACAGCAUUGGAGAAGCCAGAAAACUUCUCCGGAGAUAAGAAAAAGUACAGGGCCUUUAGAGAGUCCUUACUUCUACAUUUCGAAGAUGAUGCCAUCUACUUCAAAGAUGAUAGAAAAAAGAUAAGCUUCAUGCUAUCUUUUAUGAAAGAAGGAGAAGCCGCGGCCUUUCGGACCGACUGGCUGGAGAACCGGGUCGACGCUCAACAAAUGGGGCUCGACAUCACAAACACAUACGGAAGCUGGCCGUAUUUCGCAGACAAAAUGGAAGAAAGAUUCAAGGACAGCUUUGAAAAAGAAGCUGCCAAGAAUGAAAUAUUGACCCUAAAACAGGGCAAUGAAACCGCCCAAGCCUUUUUUGAAAGGUUUGAAGACAAGAAAAGAUGGGCGGGACACAAAAAUAGGAUAAAUGAAGAGUUCCUAAUAUCUCUACUCAGAAGAAAUAUGAAUAAGCCGCUAGUAGAUAGGGUGAUCUACGGUGGGCAUAUUCCUAGAGAUUACCAAGAGUGGAAAAGAGAACUCAUCAGAAUGGACUAUAUUUGGAGAGAAAGAGAAAAAGAGAAGAAAGGUUCCGAAAACGGAAAGAAAUCCUAUUCGGAACAAAAGAAAGAAGGAGAGAAGAAAAGAGACGGAACCGGGUAUACCUAUACCGGUAACGGAGAAUGA